AUGGAAGGUAACGGGAGCCAGCAUGUUGUCGACCAGACACCAUCCCUUGGAGAUCGCCCGUUCUUUAUUGCAGUACACGUUGGUGUGGGGCACCACUCUGCACAGCGAGAGAAGGCUUACAAGUCAGUGAUGCGUCAAGCCUGCCGCCAGGCCGCACAAGAAUUGCAUCUGUCUGGAGAUCCGCUCAAGGCAGUCGUGGCUGCAGUGUCAUCCCUCGAGGAUGCUCCACUGGGCAACGCAGGCGUGGGAUCCAAUCUCACAGUCAAGGGAGUGGUCCAGUGCGAUGCAAGCACCAUGGCCGGAGAUGGAGCCUUUGGCGCAGUUGGCGCAGUCUCGGGUGUUGAGAAUCCUGUGCGUGUAGCUGGCGAGCUGGCGAGGCAGAGCCGCGAGCCAAUGGCACUGGGGAGAGUACGUCCCAUGUUCCUGGCUGGAGAUGGGGCAAGGGAGUGGGCAAAGGAGCAAGGCCUGCCGGCUGCUCCAUCUGCAGAAGCUGCCAGCCAGUGGCACAUCAACGGUGCAGCUCAGCGGCGGUGGCAGCGCUACAAGCGCAUGAUUGAUGAGGCUGUGCAAAGCCGAGAGGCUCCUUCAAAUCCCGCUGGCAUCCACAAAAAAUUGCCUAGCCUGCAGAUGUACCUAGUGCCUGAUAUAGUUUGUACAAGUCAGGCAGGGCGAGUUGCGGCCAGUGUCUCGUCCGGCGGCAUAGCGAUGAAGACGGACGGCCGAGUGGGCGAGGCAGCCAUGUUUGGCUGCGGUUGCUGGGCUGCCGAUUCACACUCUGGAAGGCCGGCAGUGGCGUGCAGCGUGACAGGAGUCGGUGAGGCGAUAAUGCGCGCCGGCCUGGCCCGGGCCUGCGCGGAUUCUCUGCGGGCCGAUGCAGCCGCCGCCGCCAGCCCCGACUUGUCUGCAGCAUCAACUGUGGACGCAGUCUGCGCUCAGGAGAUCAGAGACCGCAUCGAGCUCGGGCAGCCGGCCGGCCUCGCCUGCCCGCAUCAAGACUGCGGCGUGCUGGCAGUGCGCGUCAGCCGCUCAGCCGCCGCCAUCGCGGGGGGUCGGGGGGGCGCGGGCGGUGGCGCGGGGGGCGCAGACGGUGGUCGAGCGGGGGAACCCCGGGAAGUCCCCCGGGAGGUCCAUGAGAGGAGCCACUUGCCGGGGGGCGCAAGUGGUGGCGCGGGGGGUGCGGGCGGACCGGGGGAACCCUGGGGGAUCCAGGAGAGGAAUUGCUGCAGCGCUGUCACAGCAGGUGGUGGCGUGGUGGACGCGCUUCUUUCUGCGGACGAUAAGAACGUCAGGGCAAUCACCAGAAAUGCUACUUCUCAGAAGGCCAAGGAUCUCGUGGCAAGAGGCGUGGGUGUCGUGGAAGCUGACUUGUCCAACAAGUCAUCGCUGAUCAAGGCAUUCACAGGAGCAGACAUGCUGUUUCUGGUCACAGACUACUAUGCAUCAAUGAGCUAUGAUACGGAGCUGCAGCAAGGCAAGAACGCCGUUGAUGCAGCCAAGGAGGCCGGCAUUGGCUUUGUGGUAUUCAGCACCCUUGAGGACAUCCCAGAGGAUGCCAAGAAAGGGCUGCCGACCCUGCAUGACGGCCGGAAGAUCGCUCACUUUGAGUCCAAAGCUGCCGUGGCGGAGUACCUGGCACAGUCAGGGCUGCCCUACGGGCUGCUGCUCACCAGCGCCUUCUAUGAGAACUCAAUCAACUUCUUCUUCUACCAGAAGCAGCCCGACGGCUCCUAUGUCUUCAGCGAUAAUCUGGGCACCGAUCCCCACUCUUGGCACUCUGUGGGCACCAUCGGGCUGACAGCUGCAGCUGUGAUGGACGAUCCACAGAAGCACCAGGGCAAGACUAUUCCAAUUGUGGGAGAGCGCAUUUCAUUCCCACAAAUCACCCAGAUCCUGAGCGAUGUGACCGGCAAAACAAUAAGGUAUCAGCCGAUCUCCGAUGAGCAAUAUGCAUCGCUGCCCUUCCCCGGAGCUGCCGACAUCGCCAACAUGUUCCACUACUACAGAGGCUGGAGCCAAUACGAUGACCUGCGGCCCUACUCUGACCCCGUGGUCAGGGGACAGAAGUUCAAAGAGUGGGCUGAGGCGCAUAAAGAUGCCCUCAAGAAGAGGCUGGAGGCUGCCAGCGAUGCCCAAAGUGCCUGAAGUAAUUUCUGAAUUUCUGAAUUUUCAAAAAAAAAUUGUAAAGGUCAGCUGCAUAGAAACAUGCAGGGGGUGAUGUAUCUUGUACUCAAUGCUAUGGCUGCCUGAGAGACAUUUUGAACUUGGCAAAGGUUUGUGAAACUAACGGCCGUGGAAAAGAAUAUUCUGGAGUCUGUGUGAGUCCAGCAGCGAAUUACAGAAUAUGAGCUGAGCGCAUUAUAUACUGGGGCUCUAGUUGCCUGGGCAUUUUAUUAACAGAGACGUCGGUUCCAUGGAGAGAUGCAGGAGAUUGACACGUGAAUUAUCAAUAGCUGUGACUGCGUAUAGAGCUCUUGCAUUUUGCAUGUGUCACCGGCUUUGUUUCGUCUGGCUUGGGGCCUAUUUGAGUAGACCUCAUGUGUGCAAGAAAAGAGUUCGGUAUAGCUGGCCAGCGUAUCGAGAUGUACUCGUACAAG